AUGGCUUUCCCAGCCCCAGCAGGUGCUGUGGCUGCCGGCACCGCUGAGGAGGUGAACGUCCCGAAAACCCGCCGGACCUACUGCAAGAAAUGCGGCAAGCACCAGCCGCACAAAGUCACCCAAUACAAGAAGGGGAAGGACUCCCUGUAUGCCCAGGGGAAAAGACGCUACGAUAGGAAGCAAAGUGGCUAUGGGGGCCAGACAAAGCCCAUCUUCCGUAAGAAGGCUAAGACUACGAAGAAGAUUGUGCUGAGGCUGGAGUGUGUGGAGCCCAACUGCAGGUCCAAGAGGAUGCUGGCCAUUAAGAGGUGCAAGCACUUUGAACUGGGAGGAGACAAGAAGAGAAAGGGCCAGGUGAUCCAGUUCUAAGCUCCAUCCUACCUGUUGUUAUGGGUCAUAUUAAAGUACUUAGAAGUGA